AUGGGCAGUGUUCGAGUUCUCCUGAUCGGAAAUGGUGGCCGUGAGCAUGCUCUGGCGUGGAAAUUGAGCCAGUCUGCUCGAGUUGACACCAUAUUUGCCGUCCCUGGCAACGGCGGCACUGCCUCGUGUCCAAAGGUUACCAAUGUCACCUCAGUCUCAGCGGAAGAUUACCCAGGCCUCGUCACCUUUGCACAAUCAAAUGGGGUCAAUUUAGUCGUUCCUGGACCCGAAGCGCCUCUCGUGGACGGCGUGGAAGGGUUCUUCAAAAAGGCCGGAAUACCUUGUUUUGGCCCCUCCAAAGAGGCAGCUCGAUUGGAGGGAAGCAAGACCUAUUCCAAGGACUUCAUGAAGAAAUACAACAUCCCAACUGCUACGUACGAAAACUUUUCUGACUAUCAGAAAGCGAUCGAGUAUAUUGAUAGCGUCUCUCACGAAGUUGUCAUCAAGGCAACCGGUCUCGCUGCCGGCAAAGGCGUUAUCCUGCCUCAAUCGAAACAAGAGGCGAAGGAUGCCCUGAAGCAGAUCAUGGUUGACAAGGCCUUUGGAUCUGCUGGAGAUGAGGUUGUUAUUGAAGAACUCCUGGCUGGCGACGAGCUGAGCGUUCUCACCUUUUGCGAUGGUUACACUAUUCGAUCAUUGCCUUUGGCGCAGGACCACAAGCGCAUUUUUGAUGGCGAUCAAGGCCCCAAUACCGGAGGAAUGGGUUGCUACGCGCCUACAAACAUCGCCACAAAGGAGUUGACGGAACGCAUUGACAAAGAAAUCCUCGAGCCUACUAUUUUGGGAAUGCGACGGGAGAAGCAGCCAUUCCGCGGUGUACUGUUCACCGGCCUCAUGAUUACCAGUGCUGGUCCCAAAGUCCUGGAAUACAACGUGCGAUUUGGCGACCCAGAAACCCAAACUGUCUUGCCUCUUCUCUCCGCCGACACAGAUUUGGCAGAUAUAAUGCUUGCUUGUGCUGAAGGGUACCUCGACAACUGUCACUUGAAGGUCGAGCAGAAGUUCAGCGCAACUGUUGUUGUUGCUGCUGGCGGAUACCCUGGCUCUUAUGCCAAGGGGAUUCCAAUGACUGUUUUGCAACCGCCCCGAGGUAGCACCAUUUUCCAUGCGGGAACCAGGCUGGAUGGAGACCAGCUCAAGUCAUCUGGUGGUCGAGUGAUUGCGAUUAACUCUGUGGGUGAAUCCCUUAGAGCCGCUGUGGACGCGUCGUAUUCUGCACUCGCCUCAGGAAUAAUCAGCUUCGAAGCCAUGUUCUUCCGAAAGGAUAUUGCGCACCGCGCUUUUCGAGAUCAAUCCAAGGAGGCCAUGACUUACGCCCAAGCUGGUGUCGAUAUCCAAGCCGGUAAUGAUUUUGUCGAGAAAAUCAAGAAGGCCGUAGCCAGCACCAAACGACCCGGAGCUGAGGCAGAAAUCGGUGGAUUCGGUGGCGAGCUUGAUCUUUCACAAUGCGGAUACCAGAGCGUACCAAUUCUUGUUGGCGCUAUUGAUGGCGUUGGUACCAAGCUCAUGAUUGCCCAAGCUAUGAAGAAGCAUGACACUGUGGGUAUUGAUCUUGUUGCCAUGAAUGUAAACGACUUGAUCGUUCAGGGAGCCACGCCAUUGAUGUUCCUGGAUUACUACGGCUGCAGCAAGCUUGACCUUCCAUCUGCGGCCGCCUUUGUCGAAGGCGUCGCUGAUGGCUGUCGCCAGGCUGGAUGUGCUUUGGUAGGUGGUGAGACCGCUGAAAUGCCCGGCAUGUAUCAGGGCGAGGAUUAUGAUGCCGCAGGAUGCGCAGUUGGUGCCGUCACCUCUGAGGAGCGACUCCCUCGGCAGAAUACCAUGACGGAAGGUGACGUUCUUCUUGGUCUCGGGUCUGUUGGUGUCCAUUCCAAUGGCUUUUCGCUGGUGAGAAGGAUAGUGCAGAGUGCUGGCUUGGCGUAUGAAUCACAAGCGCCAUGGGAUAUAUCGAAAACCGUUGGAGAAUCCCUCCUGACCCCCACCCGCAUCUACGUCAAGAGCCUUUUGCCAGUUCUCAGUGAAAUCAAGGGUCUGGCACACGUUACCGGUGGUGGUCUCAUCGAGAACGUUCCCCGUAUGUUGCCAGAUGGCCUUGCUGCUGAAAUCAUCUACGGCUCUUGGGACAUUCUGCCUGUCUUCCAGUGGCUCAAGCAGGCUGGAAAUGUUGACCCCGCUGAAAUGUGCCGUACGUUCAACUCGGGCGUUGGCAUGGUCAUUGCUGUAGAUGCCAGCAAGGCCGACGCUGUGGCCCAAGCACUUUCCGCUUCUGAAAGCGUCUACAAGAUAGGACGGCUGGUCCGUCGUAAUCAGGGCCAACCUGGCUGUGAGGUUAAGAAUCUUGAGUUAUGGGCAUGA